CAUCUCCAGCCUCUCUCUCUGCUUUGCUUGCUUAUAUAUGCAAUGCAUCAGCUGCACGCAAGAACCGCGGAAAUCUCAAAAUCAAGCGGAAGCAAUGGAGGAGAGGAAGUGGAGAUCAACGUCGUCGUGGCCGCCGAUGCUGCCGGUGAUCAUGAUGGCCAUGGCGAUCUUGGCGGUGUCCUUCAACGGCGCCGCCGCCCAGCCGCCGCCGGACACCAACGUGCUGUGCGUCAGCAAGUGCGGGACGUGCCCCACGGUGUGCUCGUCGCCGCCGCCGCCGGCGUCGGGGAACUAUAAUCCGGUGCUGUCGCCACCGAAGGGCACCGGCAGCGGCAGCGUUGGUGGGUCGUCGUCGUCGCCUUCGGCGCCGUUGGCGAAGGGAGGGCAGCCAGGCGGCAGCAACUACUACUACUUCUUCACCUCCGGCGGCAGCAGCCAUGGCUGCGCGGCGGCGCUGCUCCUGCCGCCGCUUGUGUCCCUCGCCGUCGCCGCUCUGUCGCAGUGAUCGAUCGAUCGUGUCCAGUAUGAUCACAGUAGCUAGCUAGCUAUAGCUAGUGGGUUAAUUAGCUGCUUGUUUAAUUUGCACCUAUAUAUUUUUCUUUUGCUGAUCCCGAUCGAGUUGUUGAUAUUUCGUGAAUUACUUACUUAUUAUUACCUGUUUAAUACGAAACAUGCAGUUUAAUUUUCAGAUCGAAAUGUA